AUGCUGAAUUUGGGACAUUUCAGUAAAUGUCAUUGCCCAGAAUGGCUGCUGAUCUUCAUCCUGGUCUUCACUAAGAGCAGUGAUUCCAGCUGCACAUUACACUCAGAAAAUCUGCAAGUGUAUGAAAAAGAUGGAGAUGUUAUUUUGGGAGCCCUUAUUCCUGUGCACCUGCAACCACACAACAAUAAUCUCAAUUUCACUAUGAAGCCCUCAGUGGGGAAAUGUGACAAGCUGUCUAACCUGUGUUAUCUACAAGUCCUUGCCACAGUCUUUGCUAUUAAUGAAAUCAAUGAGAAUCCAGAACUUUUAUCCAACAUUACACUUGGCUUCCGUAUAUAUGACUCCUGCUUUAAUGAAAUGCAGGCUGUUGAAGGAGCAAUGCGAAUGCUGUCAGGGACAGAGAAUGCAAUUCCUAAUUACAUUUGUGAUCAAAAGUCCAAAAUGGUGGGAUUAAUUGGAGAUCUUCAAUCCUCCUGCUCCCUUGCAGUAGCAAUAAUUAUGGGUCUGUACGGAUUUCCUCAGAUCAGUUAUGGCUCAGCUUUCUAUGAGCUAAGUGACAAAAUCCGUUACCCUUCAUUUCUGCGUACUAUAAUGAGUGACAAGGUACAGCCAUAUUAUUUCAUUAAGUUGAUGAUCCAUUUUAACUGGACCUGGAUAGGAAUUCUGGCUUCUGACAAUGAUUUUGGCCUGUAUGACAGUGAGCUCAUGAGAAAAGACAUUGAAGCAGCUGGGAUUUGUGUGGCCUAUUUUAUGCGGAUAUCUGCCCAACACACCAGAGACCAGACUCACACUAUUAUCGAAGCCAUCAGAAAGUCAACAGCCACAGUUGUGUUACUUUAUUGCUCAAUGCCAGAACUAAUCCCUUUCAUGAAAGUUGCAAGUGAAGAAAAUAUAACUGGAAGGAUUUUGAUUGCCAGUGGAAGCUGGAUGUCAUCUCCUAUUUUUUCAUUCAAAGAGUUUUGGAGAAUAUUAAAUGGAACAAUUGGGUUAGCUCUACCUUUAACAACAAUCCCAGGAUUUGGAAAUUACCUUCAUAGCAUUCACCCAUCUUUGUACCCUAAUGAUAUUUUCAUGAAACCAUUUUGGGAAACUAAUUUUCAUUGCUUGUGGCAAGGCAGGAAUGAGACAGAAACAACCACUAAUUUAACAACAACCUACUGCACAGGGCUAGAAAACCUUAAAGCUUUAGAUCACUAUAACGAAAAGACAUCAGCAUACGCCAUUCUUAUUUACAAUGCAGUGUAUUCACUGGCAUAUGGUAUCAACGACAUGACUUCCUGCAGAUCAAAUGGUCUGUGUUUUAACAUAAGUAAUCUGGACCCAUGGAAGAUUUUACAUCAUGUAAAGAAUGUGAGGAUGAAAACAAAUGCAGGGCAGGAGUUGUUCUUUGAUGAUUAUGGAGAUCAUCCAUAUAAACAAGAGUAUGUGAACUGGCAAGCUCUCCCCAGUGGAGUAACACGAUAUAUCAAUUUUGCAAAUUUAAUAGAAGAUCCUGAGCCUCACCUUGUUAUCAGUAACAAUACUAUCUGGAGUGGAGGUUAUAGGGAAGUACCAAAAUCCUUAUGCAGUGAGAGCUGCCCUCCAGGAUACAGAAAGGCUCAACAAAAGGGACAACCUGUCUGCUGCUUUGACUGUAUCUUAUGCUCAGAAGAUGAGUUUAGCAAUGAAACAGAUUCUACAAGUUGUUUAAAAUGCCCUGAAGAUAUGUGGGCAAAUGAAAUGCAUGAUGGCUGCAGGAAAAGAACACUGGAGUUUCUUUCAUUUGAAGAGUUCCUAGGUGGUACUUUGGCUGCUCUUUCAGUUAUGGGCUCUCUCUUUCCCCUAAGUAUCCUGUUUAUCUUCUUAAAAAAUGCAAAUACCCCACUUGUGAAAGCGAAUAACCGGAAUCUCAGUUAUAUUCUUUUGGUUUCUCUGUUUUUCUGCUACCUCUGUGCCUUGAUGUUCAUUGGUCGUCCAGUUACUAUAACGUGCAUCCUCAGGCAAUUUAUAUUUGGGAUCAGUUUUGUCAUGUGCAUUUCGUGUAUCUUGGGAAAGACAAUGAUGGUGGUGAUCGCCUUCAACCUCACCCAGCCAAGGAGCAGCAGGAGAAUGUGGUUGAAUUCUCGAGUAACUAACACCCUGGUGCUUGUGUGCACAGCUAUACAAGUGAUUAUAUGUGCUGGGUGGCUUGCACACUCUCCUCCUUUUGAAUACCAAGACAAUAAAUCUAAGAUGGGCACCAUUAUUGUGGAAUGCAACAAGGGAUCACCAACAGGUUAUUCAUGCACAAUGGGAUAUAUGGGAUUUUUAGCAACUUUAUGUUUUGUAGUUGCUUAUUUGGCCAGAAAGUUGCCAGGCAGUUUCAAUGAGGCCAAACUGAUCACCUUUAGUAUGUUGAUAUUUGGAGCUGUUUGGAUCUCCUUCAUCCCAGCCUACCUCAGCACCACAGGGAAGUACAUGGUGGCAGUGGAAGUGUUUGCUAUUUUAUCAUCAAGCAUUGGAUUGGUGGCAUGUAUAUUUAUGCCAAAGGUCUUCAUUAUUAUAUUGAGACCAGAGAUGAAUAAGAUAGGAAGAAAUAAAUAA